CCAAUUCUCAAGAAAUCUUUUUGCUUUGAUUUUAAUGACGUCAGAGUAAGAUAAAAAUGGCAGCAGAGAUGGCUGCUAGUGGAAAUUUACGGAGUAAAUCCAGCAUACUUUUAGGAUUGGGCAUCUUGGCCGGGAAAAGCGAAAUCGUUCACGCGCUGACCUGCUACUGCCAAGGCCACUGUCCAGACCACAAGCCCAAUGGAACCUGCGAGGCAGAACCCAACAGCCGGUGCUUUGCUGCCGUCGAGUCCGUCUUCAACUCGGCCACCCGGAGGUAUGAACCCGACUACACAUACGGAUGCCUUCCGCCGGACGAAACGGGAUUUAUGCAGUGCAAAGGCUACUUGGUGCCACACGAAGUGCCAAAAAACAUACUGUGCUGCUACAAGGAGGACAUGUGCAACCAGUACCUGGAACCCGAAUACAAACCUCUGCCCCCAGAACCGUUUUGGACGGACCACCUGCCCAUGAUCAGUUUUCUGAUCUCCAUGGUCAUUUUUGUUGCCAUUUGUGUGCUGAUUAUUGCACUAGUUUACAUAAGGUACAAAAGACAGAAAGAUUUGACUAAGUCGUACCAAGUGGCCAGAAGCUGUGACCCCUACUUAUGUAACGACAGUGGCACCAUCGAAGAGUUGAUAGACCAGAGCUCUGGUUCGGGGUCUGGACUUCCUCUCCUGGUUCAACGAACAAUUGCAAAACAGUUGCAAAUGGUUGGUUCGAUCGGAAAAGGUCGCUACGGAGAAGUUUGGUUGGCCAGGUGGCGCGGCGAAAGGGUUGCAGCUAAAGUGUUUUUCACCACCGAGGAGGCAAGCUGGUUUAGAGAAACUGAGCUCUACCAGACUGUCAUGAUGCGCCAUGAAAAUAUUCUGGGUUUUAUUGCUGCCGACAUCAAGGGCACGGGUUCUUGGACGCAGAUGCUACUGAUCACCGACUACCACCCCCAUGGUUCCUUACACGACUAUUUGCAGAUGAAUGCAGUCGAUCCACAAGCUGGUCUCACCCUUGCACUCUCCACUGCCAGCGGUAUUGCCCAUUUGCAUGCUGAAAUCUUCGGAACAAAAGGAAAGCCUGGAAUCGCACACAGAGACAUAAAGAGCAAAAAUAUUUUGGUCAAGACAAACGGGCAGUGUGCGAUUGCCGACUUUGGCUUGGCUGUUAGAUACCUCAGCGAAAGGAAUGAAAUUGACAUUGCGCCAAACACCAGAGUGGGUACCAGACGUUACAUGGCACCCGAAGUGCUUGACGAAAGGAUCAACAUCAGUGUUUUUGAGUCAUUUAGAAUGGCCGACAUGUACUCCUUUGGCCUAGUCCUGUGGGAGAUUGCUCGCCGAUGCUACACUGGUGACAAACUGAAUCAAGUAGACGACUAUCAAGUGCCUUUCUAUGAUUGCGUACCGAAUGAUCCUUCGUUUGAACAUAUGCACGAAGUGGUCAACAUAAAGGGGAUCCGGCCAGAAAUAUCCGACCGAUGGGAAAGUGAUGAGAUCCUGCACUGUUUCUCCAAAGUCAUGCAAGAGUGCUGGCAUCAGAAUCCAAAUGUAAGAUUAACAGCACUGAGAGUGAAGAAGACUUUGAACAAGUUGGAGCCAGAGUACAGCUAUCCAGGAUACAAUGACUACAAGAUGGUUAUGGUUUGAGUUCAAUCAGCCGUCCCAGUGUCAAAGAGGGAAGUGUAAAAUGACAAUCAAAAUUACUUUUAGUUUUAGACAAGAGAAAGAAACAUUAUCUCCAUGCCAUGUAAAUUAUGGAAUUAUUAUAUAGCAGCAAUUGCAAUAUCCAUAUAUUGUAAAUUGUAAUGUUGUUUACAAUGCAAUAGUGAUAUAUAGAAAAAAUGACGCACCUUUUGCUACUAUGGUGUUCAGUUCAAGAUCCCUCACCUGAUGGAAGCAAUGUGACACUUUUUUUUAUUUUCAUUUAUUUGCUUAAAUGUCAAUGUGCCUCUUGUGAUUGUGCUUUCUGACUCAAAUCUGCAAUGGAAAUUUCACUACUUGGCUGAAACUUGAAGCCUUUUGCUUACUGUCAAAGGCCACCACUGGCUAUUGUCGAUUUAACUGCCUUCAUGAAAAUUUUUAUCGUGCUUUAGUGUUUGAAAGUACAAAAAAAGCUUUCUGUAAAUAAAUAUUUUGAUUGAUUGUCAGCACAAGCAGAGCAAAAAUAAUUGUAACGGAAUUAGCUGAAAUUGAUAAUUUAUUUGUUAUGCCAUAUUUUUUACAGCAUUCCUUCACUUUGUUGCUUGAAUAUGCAAUUGUAUGUUGUAAGAAACAGACAACAAGACUGAAUGCAUGUAUAGUGUUUUUAAUGGCUAAAACAUAAUGUAAAUAACUAUACACUUAAAUUCGAACAUGUCUCACUAACAAGUAUCUGUAAAUAAGCCUAGAUGCUCUUUAUCAGUCCUUUGGCUGGAGCACAAUUUUAAUUUCAACUUUUGUGAUGCUUCGCCACUCUUUUCUUGUUGACUAAUUUUUUUUCCACCGGUGGUGUUUCUUUUUGCUCAUAUAGUGCCAUCUUUUAAUAGGAGCUAAGUUUUUAGUGCCACUUAAAGAAACUUGUUGAUAAUCUAUUGGACUUCAAGAUGCCAUCCUCUUUGUAGAGCUUCUUCAUUAUUUUAUUAUAUUGCAGGACCUCUUACACAUUAACAAGUGUAUUGCGACUAUUAAUGUAUUAUGCAUGUUGACUGUAACUGAUUAUGAAACACUGAUUGAAGUGAAAGUGCAGAUAAUGUAUGUCAAAUAGAUUUGUAUACUCAGAUAUUAUUAAUAAAAUGUCACAAAGUUGAAACAAAAUUGGAUUU